CUUAUACAAUCGACAAUUUUUACAUUAUAUUUAUUUUAAUUUUAUAUUAACUAAUUAAAUUGGAUGACUAUUUUUUAAUUAUAUAUUAAAAUUUAAAUUUACAUACUAGUUUGUACCAUAGAAUGAUUUUAAAAGUGUUAGAACAGAAUAAAAACUAAUGUCAACUUCUCAAGGUGAAGAAGUUUAUAAAAAUGAAGAGGAAGUCCAAUUUGAUGAUUUGGAGGAAUUAUCGCAAGCUUCUAAAAAUUCUCUAAUAGUUCACAACAUGACUGUGGUGGCUGACACAGGAGUGAAUUUGGACCUGAGCGAAUCUUUAAACAAGUUCGGGAACUCUGUAUACGACCCUGCCGAGUUUAACUGUAUAAGGCUUGAUGUUAGGGUCCGGAAGUCUUUGGACUCCACUCUCAGACUUGCCUUUUCAGAGGAAUUUGAGUCAGUUUCAGACAUUAAAGUCGUUGAGGCCACCAAGGUCACUAGGAUUCCAUUCAUAAUGAACACUUUUCAUCCCUAUUCUGAUUGUCCAACACAUCAAACAACCUGGAAUAAUGAAUAUACAUCGGUAAAGAUAUCGGUAUUUUCUAACGGGAAGAUGGCAUUGACUGGUGCUAGAAGUUUGUUGUCGGCUGCUGUGGCUUUGGAGAAGGUUUGCAGAGCUCUUAGGAGAAGGAUUAACGGGAAAGCUAGAGUCCGUAAUAUUGUCUGUUCAAAUAUUCUUGCUGUUUACACUUACCCUCACAAGAUAAUUUUACCCUUGUUCCACAAGGCAUGCAAGGACUCCAUUUAUGACCCGCACAGGUUCUCAGGUGUUAGAGUUAGAGUUCAAAUUAAGUCUCCUCAGACUUUCUUCUCACUCAUUAGCAUACUCAACAGGUUCAACUUCAGUUCUAAGUAUACUGAACCAACUCAGGAUACUGAGACAAAACCUGAGCCAGACGAGUUUGACGAUGCGGAAGAGGAGGUAGAGGAAAUUGUUGAGAAUUUUGUAGUUCCUAACGUCACUUCCAGACCCAAAACCCAUAAAUAUAAAGCGAGUAAAAUCGGUAUUCAUAGAUUUGUUGAUUCAACUAUCAAGGAUAAUAGGAAGGUCCACAAUUUGGUUCCGAAAUUGGUUAAAAAGAAAAGAAAAAUGUUGAAAGGUGAAACUAUCUGGACUAAAGUUGACCAGACAGCAAAAAAGUUAGAAACAACAGAAGAUGAAGUAAAAAAGCCAGAAUCUCAAUCAAAACCGUCAAAGGAAGAGUUCGUCACUGUCACAGUCUACUCCUCAGGAAACAUAACCUUCACCGGAGCCAGAUCAAUCCCAAGCUUACAGCAAGCGCUUUCUUAUAUUUACCCAUUCCUACAAAAUAAUCAACGAAAGUAUACACACCAGCACUAAAACCAUAAUGUACUCAUUAUUUUAAA